AUGAAGGUCAGUAUACUCGUUGUUAAUAUUGUUCUUCCAAUGAUCGUAUCAAUUGGUUUAUAUUGUUAUGCAUUUUUAAGUACUCAUUGGAAUUUUAUUGAUAAUAAAUUGAUUUAUGAAUAUAAUAUAACAAAUAAACAACAAGAAAGUAUUCCAACAAAUAAUAAAAGUAUUCAAUUAGAAACACAAUUUGUUCGUCAUGCAUUUCGUUCACGAUACAGUUUAUUUGGUUAUUGUUUGGAUUAUAAAUGGCUUAAUUUAUUAACAAUUAAGACACAAAAAAAUCUCGAAGAUAAAAUUCAAUCAAAUUCAAUAGUAUCUCCUCAAUCAUGUAAUGACUCAUUUAUUUAUUGUCAAGAAUUAGAAUCUUGUGUAAAAAAAUGUGACAAUAUACCUGAUUGUCCAUCCUAUAUUGAUGAAGAUGGCUGUAAUCGUUUAGCAAAUCAAACACGUUAUUAUUGGAAAAAUGAAAAAUGUAUGUGGGAAUCAAUAUCACUUGAUAAUCAUGGUAUACCACGCUAUAUACCAUUAAAUUCAAAUUCACCACGUGAUUUUCAUUAUUAUACUAAACGUAUACGUCAUUUAAUUAUGCUUCUUUUAUUUGUUACUGCACCAUUAUUAACAUUUAUGGCAUUAUUAAUAUUAUUUUGUAUAAAUUGUAUUAAUCGAUUUUAUUCAAUACCAUUUGCAUUUGUUAGUUUAUUUUCUUUUGCAUCAUUUUUAAGUGGUGCUGGUGGUUUAGGAAUAUUCUUAUAUGAAUGGAUACAAGAACGUUCACAUCGACCUGCUUUUACCUAUGAAUUUGAACAAACAGAAGCAUUUAUUGUCGCAUUAAAUCCAUGGAUUAUUAAUGUUGAACGUUUAGGUUUAGCUUUUUGGUUAACUGUUGCUGCUAUUGGAGCAAGUUUAUUUACAACAAUACUUAGUUGUUGUUUCUGUUGUGCAUUACAAUCGGAUAAAUCUAAAUUACGUAUACAUGUGGAUAAUGAUAAAUAUGUUAUUGUUCAUACAAAUCCAUAUGAUGAAUGA